UCUCCCCCCUCCUCCCAUCCUCUCUUCUUCUUCUCUUCUUCUCGGCUAUUUCUUUCUUCUCUCAUCUUUCUCUCUUCAUCUCUAUAUAAAUCAUUGUCCUCGCUUGUCCUGUCUAACCUCUCUCUUAUCAAUUAAUCCCUCUAUUCCUCUUCUCUCCGCCCGAGAUCCGGUGCCCCGCUAGAGCUACGUGCUCUACUACCUCCGCCCACAAGCCCGUCGUCUCGUCAAUUGACCACUUUUACCUCUUCUCCUUGCCCUAACUCCUCACCUACCUACUCUUAUCAUACACAAUGGCGGCUUCUCUUGCCCACCGCCAGGCCGAAUCGGCCAUCGACGAUGUAGAGUUUCUUGAAGAACACCAUGAGAAGUUCCAAGACUCUGUCCACCGUCGUCUACGGGCCAAUUCCACCAUCAUGCAGUUCCAGAAGAUCCUCGUCGCCAACCGUGGUGAAAUCCCCAUUCGCAUCUUCCGUACCGCCCACGAACUCUCCCUCCAGACAGUAGCUGUCUACUCUCAUGAGGACCGUCUCUCUAUGCACCGUCAAAAAGCCGAUGAGGCCUACAUGAUCGGCCAUCGUGGUCAAUAUACCCCCGUCGGUUCUUAUCUGGCCGGUGAUGAGAUCAUCAAGAUUGCUCUCGAACACGGUGUCCACCUCAUCCACCCUGGUUACGGUUUCCUUUCGGAAAACGCAGUCUUUGCCCGCAAGGUCGAGAAGGCCGGUCUGGUCUUCGUCGGUCCUACUCCCGACACCAUUGAUAACUUGGGUGACAAGGUCUCCGCUCGUCAGCUGGCCAUCAAGUGUGAAGUGCCGGUUGUUCCUGGUACUCCUGGUCCCGUCGAGUCGUUCGAGGAGGUCAAGACCUUUACUGACACGUAUGGCUUCCCUAUUAUCAUCAAGGCCGCUUUUGGUGGUGGUGGUCGUGGUAUGCGUGUCGUCCGCGAGCAGAGUGAACUGAAGGACUCUUUCGAGCGUGCCACUUCCGAGGCCCGCUCCGCCUUCGGCAACGGCACUAUCUUCGUCGAGCGUUUCCUCGACCGACCCAAGCACAUUGAAGUCCAGCUCCUCGGUGACAGCCAUGGCAAUGUCGUCCACCUCUUCGAGCGUGACUGCUCCGUCCAGCGUCGCCACCAGAAGGUCGUUGAGUUGGCUCCCGCCAAGGACCUGCCCGUCGACGUGCGUGACAGCCUCCUGGCAGAUGCUGUGAAGCUGGCUAAGUCUGUGAGGUACCGCAACGCCGGUACCGCAGAGUUCUUGGUCGACCAGCAGAACCGCUACUACUUCAUCGAGAUCAACCCCCGUAUCCAGGUCGAGCACACCAUUACCGAGGAAAUCACCGGUAUUGAUAUCGUUGCCGCCCAGAUCCAGAUCGCUGCUGGUGCUACCCUCGAACAGCUUGGUCUCACCCAGGACCGCAUCUCCAUCCGCGGUUACGCGGUUCAGUGCCGUAUCACCACCGAAGACCCCUCCAAGGGCUUCUCUCCCGACACCGGUAAGAUUGAGGUCUACCGUUCCGCUGGUGGUAACGGUGUCCGUCUGGACGGUGGUAACGGAUUUGCUGGUGCCAUCAUCACCCCUCACUACGACUCCAUGUUGGUCAAGUGCACUUGCCGUGGCUCUACUUACGAAAUUGCCCGCCGCAAGAUGCUGCGUGCCCUGGUUGAAUUCCGUAUCCGUGGUGUGAAGACCAACAUCCCCUUCUUGGCUUCGUUGCUGAGCCACCCCGUCUUCAUUGACGGUACCUGCUGGACCACCUUCAUCGAUGACACUCCCGAGCUCUUCGCCCUCGUUGGCAGCCAGAACCGUGCCCAGAAGCUGCUUGCCUACCUGGGUGAUGUCGCUGUCAACGGCAGCAGCAUCAAGGGCCAGAUCGGUGAGCCCAAGCUCAAGAGCGACAUUAUCAAGCCCACGCUCCUGGAUGCUUCUGGCAAGCCCCUGGACGUCUCCGCUCCCUGCCAGCAGGGAUGGAAGAACGUCCUGGACCGCGAGGGUCCCGACGCGUUCGCCCGCGCUGUGCGCGGCAACAAGGGCUGCUUGAUCAUGGACACCACCUGGCGUGACGCUCACCAGUCGCUCCUGGCUACCCGUGUCCGUACCAUUGACAUGCUCAACAUCGCUCACGAGACCAGCCAUACCUUCUCCAACGCUUACAGUUUGGAGUGCUGGGGUGGUGCCACCUUCGAUGUCGCCAUGCGUUUCCUCUACGAAGACCCCUGGGACCGUCUCCGCAAGUUCCGCAAGGCCGUCCCUAACAUUCCCUUCCAGAUGCUGCUCCGUGGUGCCAAUGGUGUUGCCUACUCCUCGCUUCCCGACAACGCCAUCUACCACUUCUGUAAGCAAGCCAAGAAGUACGGUGUCGACAUCUUCCGUGUUUUCGACGCUCUCAACGAUGUCGACCAGCUCGAAGUCGGUAUCAAGGCCGUCCGCGAGGCCGGCGGUGUUGUCGAGGCCACCGUUUGCUACAGUGGUGACAUGAUGAACCCCAGCAAGAAGUACAACCUCGACUAUUACCUUGCCCUGGUUGACCGAAUCGUCCAGCUGGGCACCCACGUCCUGGGUAUCAAGGAUAUGGCCGGUGUGCUCAAGCCCCAGGCUGCUCGUCUGCUGAUCGGUGGUAUCCGCGAGCGCUACCCCGACCUCCCCAUCCACGUCCACACCCACGACUCCGCUGGUACCGGUGUGGCUUCCAUGAUUGCCUGCGCCCAGGCUGGCGCUGAUGCCGUCGAUGCGGCGACUGACAGCCUUUCGGGUAUGACCUCGCAACCCAGCAUUGGUGCCAUCCUCGCUUCUCUGGAGGGCACUGAGCUCGACACCAAACUCAACCUCGCUCACGUCCGUGCGAUCGACACCUACUGGGCCCAGCUGCGCUUGCUGUACUCGCCCUUCGAGGCUGGUCUGACCGGUCCUGACCCCGAGGUCUACGAGCACGAGAUCCCCGGUGGUCAGCUGACCAACCUCAUCUUCCAGGCCAGCCAGCUCGGUCUGGGUCAGCAGUGGGCCGAGACCAAGAAGGCCUACGAAUCCGCCAACGACCUGCUUGGUGAUAUUGUCAAGGUUACCCCGACUUCCAAGGUUGUCGGUGACCUGGCUCAGUUCAUGGUCUCCAACAAGCUGACGGGCGAAGACGUUAUCGCUCGUGCAGAAGAGCUUGACUUCCCUGGCUCCGUUCUUGAGUUCCUCGAGGGUCUGAUGGGUCAGCCUUUCGGUGGCUUCCCCGAGCCGCUGCGUACCAAGGCUCUCCGCAACCGCCGCAAGCUCGAUAAGCGUCCUGGUCUCUACCUGGAGCCUCUUGACUUGGCCAGCAUCAAGAGCCAGAUCCGCGAGAAGUUCGGAUCGGCCACCGAGAGCGACGUGGCCAGCUACGCCAUGUACCCCAAGGUCUUCGAGGACUACAAGAAGUUCGUGCAGAAGUACGGUGACCUCUCCGUCCUGCCCACUCGCUUCUUCCUGGCCCGUCCCGAGAUUGGCGAGGAGUUCCAUGUCGAGCUCGAGAAGGGUAAGGUGCUCAUCCUGAAGUUGCUCGCUAUCGGUCCACUCUCGGAGCAGACUGGCCAGCGUGAAGUCUUCUACGAGGUCAACGGUGAAGUGCGUCAAGUUAGCGUUGAGGACAACCAGGCGUCGGUGGAGAACACUGCUCGUCCUAAGGCCGAUGCUGCCGACAGCAGCCAGGUCGGCGCUCCUAUGAGUGGUGUUGUUGUUGAGAUCCGUGUGCACGAUGGCCAGGAGGUCAAGAAGGGUGACCCUGUUGCUGUUCUCAGCGCCAUGAAGAUGGAAAUGGUGAUCUCCGCACCGCACAGCGGCAAGGCAUCCGGCUUGCUCGUCAAGGAGGGCGACUCGGUUGAUAGCCAGGAUCUCAUUUGCAAGAUUAGCAAGGCCUAAUUGGGUAAAAGUGGGAUUCUCUGUACAAAUUAAGCACAUGAUGCUAUG